UGAACACUUAAAAUAACCAUCUGGUAUUUACAUGAUUAACAAAAGAACUGUCAUUAAUGAUACUGGGGUAUCAAUCUAGUGAAAGAUUGGAUGCUGCGCCUUGCUCCGGUUUGCUUCCCCCUUUUGAUGCAACAACGAAAUUAAGAUUGGGCACCUGAAAUAAUCGACAACUACACAUAGUGGAACGUAACCACAACGCGGAGUCCACACAACGCCGGGUACCAGUAAAAAUGUAAACAAAUGAAACACACCUUACCUGAACGUACAUGACAUUCAAGAGACAUGUGGAUAUUUGGCUACGGAUCGUUAAUUUGGAAGGUUGAUUUUCCAUACAAACGAAAGGUAACAGGCUAUAUUAAAGGAUAUCUCCGCCGUUUCUGGCAGGGAAGUACAGAUCACAGGGGAAUUCCAGGCAACCCUGGGCGUGUAGUGACACUGAUCCCUGCUACGGAAAAGGACCGUGUUUAUGGCGUUGCAUACGAAAUAUCUCCCGAGGAGGAGGAAGACGUCAGAAAACAUCUUGAUCACCGGGAAAGAGGCGGCUACACAAAAGUAAAUGUGACAUUUUACGCCAGCCAUGGGGAGGUGGGACAAUUUGAUCUCGAGCUUUACAUCGGGACAGAGGACAAUCCCAACUAUAUGGGCCCAGCUCCAAUGGAAGAUAUAGCCGAUCAGAUUUACCGAUCAGUUGGUCCAAGCGGGAAAAAUAUUGAUUAUUUACUGAAUCUCGCGCAUGCGCUUCGUGAUUUACUCCCGGAUGUUGACGAUCCGCAUUUGUUUGAACUAGAACGGCUGGUGACUGUUAUGAAGAACAACGUAAAUGAAGUACAUAUAUGAAGGAGUAACUAGUUUUAAAUAUGUAUACUAUGCAAUAUUUCAGGCAACAUCUAUAGUCGCAAAAAUAAUUGACUUAUAAACAUGUAAUACCAUAAAAAACAUGUGAAAAUAUAAUAUGUUUUGAAUAUG